UGGUGUUUGUGUUGCACGUUGUGCCAACGUUUUCGUGUCACAGCCACGCGUUUUUGCCGACGCGUUUUUAUUCGCCCCAUUAAAGAGUCAAUAUACACUGCAGAAAUCACCAGGAUGUGCUAAAUAGGUCCGAGCCACCCCACCUGAAGAUGCCGCAACGAACACCCAGUCCCGCUAAUUCCGAGAUAUCGGUGGGUUCCCCCAGCCCGCCGCCCAUGAGAUCGUUGAACUUUAAGCGCUUACGGCUUCUGAGGAGUCCUGUAAGCCUGGAAAAUGGGCGGCAGAAAUUAUCAUCCGUCAGGGUCAAAAGCUUUUCCAUAGCCGAUAUCCUGGGACGGGAAAACGAUGAGGAUCUGCAGAAGAAACCGCAGGAAAAUGCAGUUUCCAAUGUGUUACCAACAGUAUCUGCUCCACAAGUGCUGGUCAACGAGCGAUUGCAGGCCCCAGUAGUACAGCAUUGUCCUGCGGCGGCUGCUCUGAAUCCUUUCUUAUCGCCCGCCAUGCUGCGCAGUUAUGAGCAGCGAUUGGCCUGGGACUAUCAGCGCCAGCUGCAGGAGCAUUUCCAGGCACAGGCCCACCUCCUCCGCCAAAUGAACUUGAACCCCGCGAUUGUUGCCUCCGAGGACGGCAGCUCAGAGCGUUCGCAUCGAUCCAGUAGUAGCAAUGGCAGUACUGAGUUCUGCAGUCCCAGACAGGUGGAAAAACUUGGUGUCCAAGAGGGCGGCAAAGAAGUCGGCAAGAGGUCGGUGGAGGAUCAGCCAACGGGGGCAGGCAAUUCAAAUGGGGACACUCCUUUGGACGCCCUGUUCCAGUUGUCCACCAAGAACUUUGACGAGGAACAAGAUCCAGCCACUUUAAACAUAUUCGCAGCGCGAUCAAAUCCAAAAAAGAAACGGAAGUCCCGUACCGCAUUCUCCAAUCAUCAGAUUUUCGAGCUGGAGAAGCGCUUUCUCUACCAAAAAUAUCUCUCGCCAGCUGAUCGCGAUGAAAUUGCUAGCGGCUUGGGUCUCUCCAAUGCACAGGUCAUCACUUGGUUCCAAAAUCGGCGGGCCAAACUCAAGAGGGACAUGGAGGAGCUGAAAAAGGAUGUGCAAUGCGAGAAACUACCCGACCAGUCAGCAGACCCCAAUCGUUCGCACCACCAUCAUCACCAACAUCUCCCACACAUGCAGAGCAUCGGACAGGAUAAGGAUAAGGAGCGGGAGAAGGAGAAGGAAAAGGAAAAGGACAAAGAGGAGCUGCGCAUGUUGAAGCUAAUGACCCUGAUGCGCUACUCGGAUGGCAAGUUGCUGUACACGCAGCCUCCGCUUCCUGGCCCGUAUUUGCCCUCUUCCCAAAGGCAAAACAGUGAGAACGAUUGCGUUUAUUUGCCAAAAACAAAAUAAAACCUCCAAGUCUAGGAGAAAAUUCAAAAGGCUUAUUUGGAUUUUAUUAACUUGAGUAUUAAUUCCCAAUAAAUUAUAUAUCCCACGUAAGAAUGGCACUGUGCAUUCUCCCACAAAAUAGAACUAUUCAAACAAUGUGUAAUAUUAGAAAAUUUAAUCAAUUUUAGCUUGUGCACAGCUUAAUUUGUUUUUUGUCUAAAAGUAAACGAGAAGUU